AAGCCAUUACCCAGUAUGGCCCUUUUUACAACUAUAUUUAGCCAGUCUUCAUUAAUUCAGCUAGAAUUUGAUCAUGAUUUUUAUAAGAUUAACAAAGCUUCAGUAUAACUCAGCUCUCUUCAGGCCUCACAGGUGAUCGAUUUCUUUCAUUUGUGUUCUUAUUUAAUCUUGGGUGUCAUUUUCUAUUUCAAACUAUAUAAACUAUCAAGAAUGCUAGAAAUUAGUUUGUUUGAAGUUUUGAAUAUGCUUUGGUUAGAUUUCAGUCUUACAAUCUUUUUGAAUGGUUUGAAUGAAAUUGAUGGUAUGAUUCAAAGAAAAAAAAAGGUGGAGAAUGGAACAAUAGAACAACACACCUUAAAAAUUGAGAAAGAAACAUCUCACCCAAAAGGUUUCCUCAAAAUUUUAACUAUUCCAAGCCAAGGGGUCUAUGAGGGCCAUACAAUUGGGCCAGAUCAAUUAAAGUAUUAUUCUCUUUCUACAACAUGAUGUCUGGAUACUACCCUAUUUUACGUCAUUAAGAGUUUGUUCCCUGCAAGUUAAAAGAGUUGCAUUUCUUAGGGAGAUUUCUUUUCAACCAAAAUCAAAUCUGCUAUUGCUUUUUUCUCAAAAGAUAUGGUUGCAGUGUUCAACAAAGAGCUUCUAAGUUGGUACCUUAUCACACUGAAACUCAGGGAAACAGUGGAAUCUGCAGUCCCAAAAUCGCCUACUGGCAGUGCCCAAUUGCUUGAAUUUCCAGAACAGCCUCAACAGGAUCUGCAAAAGCAACAGCAGGCACCAUCAGAUUACCUGCAGAUUGUUAUCAAUGAAGAUGGUGAAAACUGCGAAGAGGAAACCAAGUUAACUGAUUCUGAGUGGGUGAUAUCCAUCAAAGAAAAACUUGAACAAGCUCGACAAGAUGAUGCAGCAGGUUCUUGGGCAAAGUUGUGCAUCUACAGAGUUCCCCACUACCUGCGAGAAGGGGAUGAUAAAGCUUAUGUCCCUCAGAUUGUCUCCUUGGGCCCUUACCACCAUGGGAAGAGACGCCUACGCCAAAUGGAUCGCCAUAAGUGGCGUUCCCUUCACCAUGUACUCAAGCGUACUAAUAAGGAAAUAAAACUGUUCCUUGAUUCUAUCAGAGAACUUGAAGAGAGAGCUCGUUCCUGUUACGAGGGUUCCAUCAGUCUUAGCAGCAAUGAAUUUGUGGAAAUGAUGGUUCUUGAUGGUUGUUUUGUGCUUGAACUCUUCAGAGGUGCUGCUGAGGGAUUCAAGCAACUUGGUUAUGCCAGAAAUGAUCCCAUUUUCGCAAUGCGUGGCUCGAUGCAUUCUAUUCAGAGAGACAUGAUAAUGCUAGAGAAUCAGCUUCCACUCUUUAUACUUGAUCGGUUACUGGGACUUCAAUCAGAUGAUCCUGAUCAGAAAGGACUUGUGGCAAAGCUUGCACUCGGAUUCUUCGAUCCACUAAUGCCAACAGAUGAGCCACUAACAAAAAGCGAAAAGAGCAAAUUGGAGUCUUCCCUGGGACAUGCGACUACCUUUGACCCCUUAGCAGAUCAAGGAGGAGUUCAUUGCCUUGAUGUUUUCCGACUAAGUCUCCUGCGAACAGGGCCUAAAACCGUGCCCAGAAUUUGGAUCAAGAGAUGGUCACAUUCCAAUCGAGUUGCUGAUAAGAGGAGAACACAAUUGAUCCAUUGUGUGACAGAGCUGAGAGAAGCAGGUGUCAAGUUCAAGCGAAGGAAGACUGAUAGAUUCUGGGACAUAAAAUUCAAGAAUGGGGUUCUCUGGAUUCCUCGUCUCUUGAUCCAUGAUGGAACCAGAUCACUUUUCCUCAAUCUGAUUGCAUUUGAGCAGUGCCAUCUUGAUUGCAGCAAUAACAUAACCUCAUAUGUGGUUUUUAUGGAUAAUUUGAUCAACUCACCCGAGGAUGUGGCAUACCUUCAUUAUUGUGGGAUAAUAGAACAUUGGCUUGGAAGUGAUGCUGAAGUUGCAGACCUCUUCAACCGCCUCUGUCAAGAGGUGGUUUUCGAUAUAAAUGAUAGUUAUCUUUCCCGGUUGUCUCAGGAUGUAAACCGGUAUUAUAAUCACAGAUGGAAUACUUGGCGUGCCAGUUUGAAGCAUAAAUAUUUCGGCAAUCCGUGGGCUAUCAUCUCUUUAAUUGCUGCUGUUGUGCUGCUUUUACUUACUGCCACACAGACCUUCUAUGGAGUUUACGCCUAUUACAGUCCAGCUUCUUGACUGCGGUUAGGGCUUUUUCUUCUUCAUCUCUUUCUUUGGACUUUGGAGUUGUAUCACAUAGGCUUUCAGACAAAUGACUCAAUAAAAUACACUGAAUUUCCGCCUUUUUU